CGAACUGGUACCGCGGCGGCGGAGUCGGAUCGUACUGGACCUCAGACUAGGCGCACAACAAGGCUACCCUGGCCCUGAUAACGUUUAUUUUAUUUGCCUUUUACAAGCAGUUAUGGCAACAAAAGAAUUUGAAAAAGAUUUGAUAGAGCUUUCCAGGGGAAACACUGGGCUGGGAUUUAAUAUCAAAGGUGGAAAAGAUCAACCGUAUUUACCUCUUGAAACUGGAAUAUUUGUUACUAAAAUAAGAGAUGAUGGCGCUGCUGCAAAAGACGGACGAUUACAGUUGGGUGAUAAGAUUCUAGAGAUUAAUGGUAAGGAUAUGCAAGAUGUUGUACACAAAGAAGCUGUAGACAUUUUCUUGUCUGCAGGAGAGAAAGUCAGCCUAUUAGUUCAACAUGGUGUAGAGGAAUAUGUGAGGGAGGCUCACCGUCAGAAAGUAGCUGCGUCCCAAGAAAAAGAAACAAGGAAGUUUCCAUGGUUUGCAUUUUCAGCAACAGUAGCUGUAGGUGUUCUGGGAGUGAUUUACUACCUCAAGUACCAUCGCUGACGUAACUUAAUAAACGGCAUCAUUCGAUUCCAAACAGAAACUUAUUUACAAAUUACAUGUCUAUGCUUUCUAAUAGACUGUAUCAAUCGUGAAUAUAAUACUGUUAUUAAUGUAAUAAGAUUUCUCAAUUCUUCGGUGUGUCACUGAAGUGGAAAUUCAAAUUUUGAAUUUUUUCCCCGUCCUUGACAGUCCCACAAAAUGACAUAAUACUCUAAUGUGAGACAUGCGCAAUAUUUCUCCUGUCCCCUGCAUAUUGAAUAGUGUGCUCUGAUUGGUCUGUAGUUCAACACUCUUGGUGAUGGACAUUUUGACGGUGAAACAUAAUUCAUAUAUGUACGUAUAUAUGUAUAUAUAUGUAUAUAUAUAUACACACACACGUAUAUAUGUGCAUUAUAUCUUUCCUAGUAUUCAACACAAGGAAGACAAGCAUAUUUAUUUGGAUCUUUUCCUGAUAUUGACACUGAAUUUUUCAAGUAUUUUAUUUCUAUGACAUUCAUUUUGGUUGUAACAUUGAAUUAAAAGAUGGAAUUUUUCAAAAGACUUGUAGAUAAUGGGUUUAAAAAUUGUAAGAAAUAUUCCACCUGUUUUAAUCUCAUUCAUGAUAUAGAUUUUGUACAAAACAUGUUUAGAGAACGUAAAAUCUGAAGUGCAGGUAAUUGAGAUAUAACGAUGAUGAAAUAUAUAAUUGGCUGGCGUAAAAUUUGAUAUUGUAUUGAUUACACUUAAUAAAUACUAAGACGGAUUGAAAAAGUA